GAAAAAUAUGUGACGUUUCAACUGUCAAAAUUUGGAUUAUCAGUCGUUGAAGCAAACCGACGACGCUCACUGCUGCCACAGAUCUCGAUUCUAUAUCUUCUACUCUUCUAUGCAUUUCACCGUUGCACAUUCUCUCGAUUAUGGAAAUUGUGUAGAUUUGCGUAUUGAAUCGAUUGAUUUCGCGAAUAGGUUUGUUCACGUUGGACGAAGCGAAUGGCGGCGGAUUCUGGACCUCUGACGGCUGGACAGCCCAGGUGUCAUUUCUUAUUGGAGUUAUUCCAGUUAUUGCAGCAUGGAUAUAUUCAGAAUGGUUGGAAUACAAGAAGACGUUGCUCUUUUCCAAAGUCCAUUCGGACGAUAAUUUGGUUCCAUUAGAAAGUCAGAUAGUCAAGGAAGAUGAUCGAUCUGUCUUGAUGGAAGAUGGUCUAACAAAUUCAUCAUCCACAAAGUUGUCCAGUCAAUCUAUUAAGACGAGCCUAAUUAGGUUUUUGACGAUGGAUGACUUAUUCUUGCUAGAAAAUCGACAAAUUUUGAGGGCAAUGGCUGAAUUUGGGUUGAUUUUGUUCUAUUUCUACUUGUGUGAUCGCACAAACUUCUUUGCAUAUUCAACCAAGAGUUACAGCCGCGAUCUAUUCGUUUUCUUGUAUUUGCUUCUUGUCAUAGCUUCAGCGAUGACAUCACUGAAGAAACAUAUUGACAAGUCUCCAAUAUCUGGGAAAUCCAUCCUUUAUCUUAACCGCCAUCAGACAGAAGAAUGGAAAGGAUAUAUGCAGGUCCUCUUUCUUAUGUACCAUUACUUUGCUGCAUCAGAGAUGUACAAUGCAAUUCGCAUUUUUAUUGCAGCAUAUGUUUGGAUGACUGGUUUUGGAAACUUCUCCUACUAUUACAUACGAAAAGACUUUAGUGUUGCUCGAUUUGCUCAGAUGAUGUGGAGACUGAACUUUUUUGUGGCCUUUUGUUGUAUUGUUCUCAACAAUGACUAUAUGCUAUAUUAUAUAUGCCCUAUGCACACCCUGUUUACUCUUAUGGUUUAUGGAGCCCUUGGUAUUUGCUACAACUAUAAUGAGAUAAGAUCAGUGAUGGCUCUGAAGAUUUUUAUGUGCUUUGCUGUGGUUUUCUUGGUGUGGGAGAUCCCAGGAGUUUUUGACACUUUGUGGAGCCCUCUUACUUUUCUAUUGGGAUAUAGUGAUCCAGCAAAACCAGGACUUUCACGACUACAUGAAUGGCAUUUUAGAUCUGGGCUUGAUCGAUAUAUAUGGAUCAUUGGAAUGAUCUAUGCCUAUUUUCACCCAAAUGUUGAGAAGUGGAUGGAAAAACUAGAGGAGUCUGAGACCAGGCGGAGACACAUGAUCAAAACAUCCAUUGUUACUGUUUCUUUAAUAGUUGGAUACUCGUGGUAUGAAUACAUAUACAAGCUGGAUAGAGUUUCUUACAACAAGCUCCAUCCUUACACGUCGUGGAUUCCUAUAACUGUCUAUAUUUGUUUAAGAAAUUUCAGUCAGCAUCUUCGGAAUUUUUCUUUGACCCUUUUCGCGUGGCUCGGAAAAAUUACUUUGGAAACUUACAUUUCCCAGUUUCACAUAUGGCUGAGGUCCAAUGUGCCCAAUGGACAGCCUAAAUGGCUACUCUCUGUAAUCCCAGAUUACCCUUUGCUCAACUUCUUGCUGACAACUGCAAUUUAUAUCUUGCUAUCACAUCGACUUUUUGAGUUGACAAAUACACUCAAGGUUGCUUUAAUUCCAACAAAAGAUAGCCAUAAGCUAUUUCAAAACUGUAUUGCUGGAGCUGCCAUUGCUGCGUGUUUAUACAGCGUAUCAUUUAUUCUUCUUCAGAUCCCUCCUUACAAGGGCUUGUGAAAGAUUGCUGCAUUGGGCGCAGCAAUGGGAUACAGGUAGUGUUGUGUCGUAUCCUAUGACGACGAGUAAUCAGAGGUCGUGGGUGAGGCUACACAAUCCCAACAGUUAUACGCAGAGAUUGAUCAAUUAUCUGCCCAGGUUUGAUCAGGAAGUUUAAUCAUAAAGAAAAGAGAAAACUCUGUAACACGUUUUAUAAGGAUGUUUGUGGCUGUUUGCAGUUUCUCAUAUCUAUAUUUUGUUUCUCAUAUCUAAAUUCUCA